AUGCCUGUAGUAUACCCAGGAGGCUCGGAGGCGGAGGAUGGGCGGGGCUCUGCGGAGGGUGGGAUGAUCCGUGAUUGGUGCAUUGCGGCGGAGGAGGAGGAGGAGGAGAUAACAACCAUCGCGGACAUAAGAAUAUACUAUAGCGAUGAGUCCGUCUCUCUUUCUCCAUCUCUCUUAAAUCUUCGACCGCCCCCACGCACAAUCAUAAUGAGUCUUCCUGGUGGAUCUCCAGUCUAUCUCCGCCCACGUUCAACCUAUCGGCGUGAUAAACUGCAGCUUUCUUGCAAUCACUGCCGUCAGCGGAAGUAUGUUUCGUCCGCUUUGCCAUCGAUAGAAACGGAGAACGAGCUGACGCAGCGAAUAGACGGAAGUGUGACCGCGAAAAGCCAUGUUCCUAUUGCAUUGGUGGUGCAGCUGACAACGCCAUACAAUGUGGAUCAGAAACAUCACCUCGCGCCGACGUGCAUCUACGCCGAUUCGUCAACCCCUUACACCUCAACCUCACCAAGAAAUUUCGCUCCAGGAAAUAGCAAGAAAACCAACAGUGAGAUACAUGGAUUAGCUACACCAAACAGUUCAGCUUCCAUUCCAUCCCCAGGGGCCACGGAUUUGGAAUUGACCAAGUCCGGGACUGGCUUUAAAGAUUCUACUCACUGGACCUCGGUUUUGGACGGCGUAUCAGAUACGAAUGGCCAGGAUAAUUCAUCAUCCACAUUUCAAUUGGGGAUCACUUUGGAACAGGAUUCGUUAGCCCCCAGCCAGAAUGUGCUCCUCUUCCAGGGAUGCAAACAUGCCACUGAUCAAGAAAUCCUCGAUUCGAUGCCGCCCAAAGGAGAAUGCGACCGUUUAAUUGCACUCUACUUUCGUGCUCAGGAAUAUCGAUCUGUGAUGCACCCCGCCGAGUUCUUAAAAAGGUAUAACCUCUUUUGGGAGAGCCCCAGCGCAGCUACUGUCUCUUGGCUUGGCCUUUUGUACAGUAUCUUCUGCUUCACCAUUCAUGGCCAGAGGCAGGAUGGCCGUCCCUCGCCCCUCCAGGAUACUGCUUCAUAUGCUUGGUCACCUGCAGCCUCGACUAAGAUUUUGAACUACCGAGAGAAGACCGUGCAAUGCCUCGUCCGGGGUCAGUUUGCCAAAGGCGGUCCUGACAUUCUGGAAACUAUGGUUCACUAUUUGUUGAUUGAGAGCUACAUGAACAAGGACUCCAACAUCGAGGUCUGGCUUUUGAUGGGUAACAUUGUCCAAAUAGCUAUUCGAAUGGGCUACCAUCGAGACCCGCAGCACUUCAAGUCCCUAUCUCCCUACGAAGGCGAGAUCAGGCGCCGCAUGUGGGCCAUGAUAUACUCGCUCGACAUAGGUUUCGCAGCGCAGAUGGGCCUACCGAGUAGUAUUAAGACUUCCAUCAUCGAUACCCUGCCACCACGGAACCUUCAGGAUCGUGAUUUUGACGCCGACUCAAUUGAGCUUCCACCCGCAAGACCUAUGAAUGAACUUACUUCAAGCACCGUGAUUCUGUCGAAGCUCCAUGUGGCCACCAGCUUAGCCCUGGUAUCGGAUAUAAUUUGUAGUCCUAACCCAUUAUCACACGAGGACCUCGAGGCGGCCAAUUCAAGGUUGGACUUGAUACAUGCAACGAUUCCCGAGCCUUGCAAGUUACGGCCUGUACUGGAAUCUCUGCUGGAUCCCCCAAGCGUCGUAUUUCAGCGUAUGAACAUUUACAUGCAUUAUCAAAGAUCCCGAAUCCGGCUAAAUUGGAAAUUUCUCCGAACCUCGAAGGAUACGACUCAGACCGAUCAGCCUUGGAACAUCGUGAUCGAAGCAUCCUCGGAUAUCAUGCGAUUACAGCACCGCAUGGCCGAGGAGUCCCAUGUUUUGGACGCAUUUUGUCCUCCCGGUAUGGUGGACUCCUGCUUCAUAAAUAACGGGUACUUUCUAGCCGCAAGUAUCAUAUGCUUUCUGGUUCGGCAUCGCAAAAAUAUGCUCCCACAGGGGUAUCUUUCCGAAGUGCGAACACUUCUCGAGAGGAGCUUGGCUAUCUGGACCCGCAAACCCGACUUGUCGAGAGAAGAAAGCAGAGUAGUCACGGCUCUGAGGCUCGUACUCGAAAGCCCCAAUGAGGCUGCUGAACACAGUACAAUAGAAGCGACGGCGCCGCCUCAAACGGUCGGAGGUGAGAAUCAGCGAUCCCCAGAUUCGAUUCAGAUGUAA